AUGUUGCCUUACUCUUCGUAUGCCGCCGCGUUGGAUCAAAUCCAUAGUCUCAAUCAGGAGCUGUCGUUGUUUGCUCAGAAUGGACGAUACUUUUCACUGGAAGCCGGAACCAGUGGAUUUGGAGCUCCAUAUUUCGGGCUGAACCAAUGGUCGCUGCCAUUCUCAUUCCUAAAGGCUGCGCAUAGACCGGAAAAACCACCGUUCUCCUACAUUGCCCUUAUUGCGAUGGCCAUCAGUAGUGCACCCAAUCAACGAUUGACGCUAAGUGGAAUUUACAAGUACAUUAUGGAAAACUUUCCAUACUACCGGGAAAACAAGCAGGGCUGGCAAAAUUCCAUUCGGCACAACCUAUCGCUAAAUGAUUGCUUCAUAAAGGUGCCUCGGGACAAAUCAUCUGCCACCGGUGGUAAAUCGGAUGGUCGAGAAUCGAACGACGAUACCAGUGCGGUUAAUGGUACUGCCACUGGUAACGGGAAGGGAAGCUACUGGAUGCUGGAUCCGUCCGCAAAUGAUAUGUUCGAACAGGGUAACUACCGCCGAAGGAGAACGCGACGCCAGCGGAACGCUAAAAUGAUCCUGAAUGGUCACUUUCAGACAUCACCGUUCGCGAUGGCGUUUUCUGCGUCGUCAGCGGUAGCGGCGGCCGCCACAGCAGAAUUCAUUAAAACAACAGCAUCAUCGGUGGACGAUUUUCAUCAUCUGAUAGGCGGCCACAAUUUGGAGGCAAACUGUUACCCGGGGGCACCAGGUGGCCAAUCCAUGCUCUCGCUGUCGAGUCCUUCAUUACCUGGUGAUGCGGCACUGGAAACUUCCUGCCCGUCUCCGUGUUCGCCGUCACCGCAGUUCGAGCGGCAACUUCAUCGGCAGGCUCUCUAUCAGGACCAACAACAACAACAACAAGAGCAACAAUCAGCUUCAGGUGGUCUGGCCAUUUCGACAAAUGAAAACAUGAAACGAGAUUUUGAUGAAGCAACCGAUAGCAGUAGUUUAACGUGUUUGCCGCUGGCAAACAGCGAAGGACUUCAACGGGCUGCCAGUGAAACAUCGUUCGAAUCUACCUGCCAGAAAUUGGCGCGGGUCGCUGAUAAUUAUUUAGAUAAUUUUCAAUCGAAUUUCCCCUCGUUGGAUGUGUUUUUGGGUGAACUAAAUUCGGUUAAGUUAAAAACUUUCACCAGCGCUGCAGGCAGUCCAUCUGAAGAUGGGAAUCGCCGUACCUGGGACCAAUUUUCCACUGGGCUCGAGUCGGUAGAGUACGGUGCCCGUGGUUGCAGAAAUAUUACUAAUUCAGCGCUUGUGGAGGCCCAACAGAACUACAUGCUAGAUAAAUUGGGCGGUUCUUCUGAAGCUGGUUCGAGCUCCCCAAGUGGGCUUCGAUCUAAAAGUAAUGCACUGAAGUCGAGUGAUUUUACUAUAGAGAAUAUUAUGCGAAAAAACUGAGCACAAUAUCAUUGCUAUAUCUGGAAACUUUAUUCGGUAGUUAGUCCAUAGGUUAGAAAAUAUUUUUAAA